CUUGAGACCAAUGGGCUCAUUUCUGCCCUCAUUUGCACAAUUGUGAUUCCCAUUGACUUGGGUUUUACAUCUGUGUAGUUAAGUACAGAAUUGAGCCUUGUGUAACUUUACUAAUGUCAGUGAAUCAGGUCCUAAAUCUUUUCCAUAAUUUACAGGUGUUUCAGAGAACAAUAAUGGUGUGCUACACGGACCAGGGGUUCAAAGUGCCACUUCCGUCAUUGUGAAAAAGCCCUUGGUAGUGAUACUGUCUGUUCAUUAUGGAGAGAGGGAAGAUGUUCACAUCAACUUUGUGGAUUUAGACAUAUGGAAAUAAAGCAAAAAUACAACAAUAUCUCAUGUUUCUGGGAAACUCAGCCUUUAGGCUGCGUGAGGAUCAGUUGCAUCUUUCAUCAUAGCAAACCACGUAAUAUAAAUGGACUUUUUUUACCACCUAGUAGCAAUGUCACACACACACAAGAUUUUCAGGAAAAUACCCUUCAUCCUGUCAUUAGCCAAGAACCCCUGAAAGGUCAAGAAAGCACUUUAAGACCCAUUCACCCUCCACUGAUCAUAAACAUCAGCCUUGAGGAGGAAGAGGAGGAGGAACAAGAAGAAAACUGUAUCUCUAAUUUAUUGAUAAAGACUCCUGCAGACAUUGAGGAAGAAAGAGCAAUAAGGGAAAUAUGUUAUAAAUCUGGAGAGUAUUACAGAAUUCAGACACCUCAGGAAAACUACUCAGUAAAAAUUAUGUCUUCAGCACUGCAGAUUGAGCUCUUGAAGCCUAUCGAAACUGGCAGAGAUUUACACGAAGGUGAUGGUGUUUCAGUUCCAGCAAAGUUUCACAAUAUAAAAAGACAAGGAGAAAUAAUAGUAUCAUUAAAUGGAAACACGAGGACGGACCUUGGCUCCUUUGAAAAUGGAGGGGGUGAUUGUUAUGUGCCACAAAGGAACAGAGUUGGUGGAAGGAAGAAAAAUGAAGCAUUAAAUGGGGGAAAACAGUUAAUUAUAUCAAAACCUUCAGAUAUAAAAGGAAUGAACUACACUGAACCUAUAAAGAAACAUCAUUUUAAAGGAGUGAAGAAAAAGAAAUGGAUUUCUGAGGAAUCAAAAAACUCAUCUAGUACAUAUAUGGGGAAAGCAAUGCAUGGUUCUCACUCAAAAAGUGAAGCAAAUUGCCGAAGAAGUUAUCAAAGCCAGAAUUCUGAGACUGCUUCUUAUAUUCCUUCUCUAAAAGCUUCUGGGAGAAGCACUUCCUUCUAUUCACCAGAACCUGGAAGAUCAACAAAUGUGACCAACAGCAACGUCAGCUUCAGUAAAGAAUCCAAACUGAAUAUAUCUACAGACAAAUGCACUUCAGCAUCUUACAAUACACCAAUUUGGAGAAAAAGAAGCCCACAUACAAAAGCAUACUCUAAGUCUGAAAAAAUCUAUUCAGAGCCAAGAAGAAGUGGAAGCAAAUAAAAAGCCAAGACUGAUUUGGAGAAAUGAACGAAAGAAAACCACGAUACCUCAUACAAUUUACAGAAAAAAUUAUAAAAAUGCAAAAUCAAAGAAUAAGAUUACAAAGUACUUCACACUGACGAUCUGAAGAUGAUAAAAUGCAAAUUCUAAAAAUAAGAUGCAAGAAGUACACUGUAGUGUCUCAAACCUGAUAAAAAUGCAAAUUAAAAAAGUCUAUGCUGCAUGUGUGGUUAUGAAGAUCUGCGGCAUAUUCAGCGUGUUGCUGAAGUUUAAUCUAGUUGGAAAUGUUGACAAUUCAAGUCAUUAUUUACCUUUGACCCUGGCUGUACAGUACAAAUUGAAGCAAACCCUUAUUUUUGAUCUAUAUAAAGAAAAGAACCUUGAAUCUAAUAAUAGAUACUGCUAGCUGGACUUGCUAGCAAAUCUGAGUGGCACUUCAGAAGGAUUUCAGUAUACAUACCAACUUUGACACACUCCACACAGGGACAGCUUUGAUAUGGUUUUGGAUUGUAAUCAUUUAACUCUUACCCUGAUAUUUGGUGACUGACUAUUCACUUGUUCCUGAAGGUUUGCUAUUAAUUGCAAGGAAAGGAGAAUUGGAUUGUGAAUAAGAUGACCAGACUGAUAGUUAACUGUGGUAAAUUAUUCCAAACAUUUUAAAGCUAAAAUUUAAGAGAUUAUUCAAGAAGAUGGAGAACAAAGCUGAGAUGAUGAUUUGAAUUCUCAAUGCAUUUACAAUUAGCAGUGAACAUCUGCUAGAGUUUGACUAGGGAACCUCUUUUUCUUAUCUUUUCCUCAUUUUCCCUGCAUGGUUUUGGCUUAGUGAAGCAGAAAGAAGCAACCUGUUAUCUGGGAGAACUGAUGUUUGAUUCAGUCUGAUUCUAAGAGUGUUUUAUCAGCCUGUUUCAUGAGGAAAGGAGAGAACAUUGUGCAGCAGCAUGGUGAGUGCCCCUUCACUUCAUGCUGAGACAGGAAUUUGAGGCUGGACAAGGAAGUUAUAAAGCAUUUAGCAGGAGCAAGUGGAGUGGAAUUGGGCAAAAACAGAGAUCACAAGCUAAAUUAAAGAGCACACAGGAAAAGUCCAAUUAUCAAAGGAACAGAACAAUUAAAAGUAAAUGCCUUCAAAAGUUUAAAAAGGAGAAUGGAAUAGUAUUGCCUGGAAAACAACCUACAGCAGGUCAAAAUUUUUCAUGGAAAAGACUGACAAAGAAGAGCAAUAACAAAUUUACAAAGUAAUAAUUACAGUCAAGAUUAAGAUUAUGCAUAACCUAUUACAAACAGGCUUGCAAGAUUGCAGAAAAUACAUCAGAAAGACACUUUCAGAGAUGCUGCAUCAUUAGAAUUACAGAGGUAUUAGACCUAUGCAAGUGGAUUCCCGUUCAACCUUCCAAGGGACAUUGUUUAAAGUUUCACAUCCAGAUGUCUGACUGACUGAUCUGCCACACCUCAUACUCCUGUAUAAAUAUGAAUAUGAAAUUAUCAGAAUUAGAGCACAGUUUUGAAACUAACAAGUUAUCUAAACAACUGUAGUUUAUUGUGUGGGUUUUUUAAUAGGAGCAGAUGCGCAAGCCCAGAAAUAAUUAAAUGCUUUCCUUUUAACUAUUUUCUAGCAAACUUUUGAUCUUGCAUUACUGGAAGUUUUUCAUUACAAACCGAAAUGAACACUCCAGUCCAACCAGACACAGCAUGUUUCAGUUUCAGUUUUAAUAAAUGGAUUCAAGCUUAUGGAUUUUCCCUGGUUUUUCCAAGACUGAGAAGAACUUUAUUCUUCUUUCAUUUUUCAUGAUGUUUAAGGUGGCAAUACCUCACAAGGGCAGUUGCUCUUACAGGUUUACUAUCAUCACACAUGGCCAAUGUCUUGAGAUAAUUU